AUGGUUGAUCCGUGGAAAUUGAAAGCAGCCGAUUGGAAAUUAAUUGCUGUUAUUUUGGUUAUGGAAAUCCUUUCUUUCGUAUGUCAGAUUAUUCACAUGACUGGUCAAGAAACUGAUAUGUACAAUAACUUUGUUGAAACGCCAACCAGAUCAUAUAUAAACACUACUAAUUAUUAUUGUUUUAAAGCAGUAAAUCAUUGUCAUUUUAAUAGUGAUCACCUCAGAUUUCCCAAUAUAUUUCAUGUUUUACUUAGUAUUAUUGGAAUUGGUACAUACUCAUUUUUAUUUUAUAUUGUCUUUAAAAAAAGGUAUGAUAUGAAAUGUUUGUGUUCAACACAUUUGCUAUACAAUUAUUUAAAACCAAUUGCAAUGCUUACGGCAUUUAGCAAUUGUGUUAUCCUUGGUGUUCUAUUUGAAGCUGAGUACAAGAAAAUUAUAGAGUGCACGAAAGUUAGUAUUCUUGUAAGAUGGGAAAAUUUAUUAUCGUAUCUUGUUAUUAAUGUUAUGGAAUUAAUUUAUGUUUAUAGUGAUUUAGCUGCACGAGCAGCCACGCCAGAGGAAACAAUGGGAUUGAAUCAAAGUCCAACAUAA